AUGGAGGAAAGUUGAAGUUGAAAACCAUUACCUGAUUCCCGUCCUCUUCCAUCAUUUUGGGUUUGUGUUUUUCUUCUCUGUCUUCUGAUUCCGUCUCUCUGAGUCCCUCGAGGAGAAUAGAAGAGUCUUCUUCAUGGCGAAUAGCAAUCUCCCUCGACGAAUCAUCAAGGAGACGCAGAGGCUGCUCAGCGAACCAGCUCCGGGAAUUAGUGCUUCUCCUUCAGAAGAAAACAUGCGCUACUUUAAUGUAAUGAUUCUUGGUCCAGCUCAGUCUCCAUAUGAAGGUGGGGUUUUCAAGUUGGAGUUGUUUUUGCCUGAAGAAUAUCCAAUGGCACCUCCCAAGGUUCGCUUCCUGACCAAAAUAUAUCAUCCUAACAUUGAUAAGCUUGGGAGGAUAUGCCUUGAUAUUCUGAAAGACAAAUGGAGCCCAGCCCUCCAAAUCCGAACAGUAUUGCUGAGCAUCCAAGCACUUCUGAGUGCUCCAAACCCUGAUGACCCACUUUCUGAGAACAUUGCAAAGCACUGGAAGUCAAAUGAAACCGAAGCUGUUGAGACAGCCAAGGAGUGGACCCGCUUAUAUGGAAGUGGUGAAUAAUUUGCUCAAUUUUUUUUUUCUAUUGUAUGUUAAACCCCUUUCUUAGAUUAUACACUCAAAAACAGGAAUAUUUUCUGGUCCUUCAUGUUUGUUGAUAAUCACUUCCAUUGCUCUAUGAUCAUUUUC